AUGGCAGCAACACCCGAGGCCUGCCCCUGGCAACGGCACUGGGACGACACUGGCACUGUCUUCUACUACAACGAGAACACCGAGGAGUCAGAAUGGGAUGUCCCGCCAGGAUGGGAAGACUACUUCGCCGGUCUCGAUGAGAAAGCCAGCGGUGGUGUCGAUGACGGAGCCAAUGGCGACGCUGGUGAUUGCGAUGGUGGUGCUGGUAAAGCAAACGAAGCGGAGGAUUUGAGAGGGGCUGACCAGCGCCAAGUGGACGAUGCGGAGGGCGCGCAAGCCCUGUUAGGCCUCUCCCAGGCUUCCUCCGGGGACCAUGGCGAGGAAGCUUUCGUUGCGGUUUCACCCCCUGGUUCUCCAGCGGAAAAAGAGGAGAAGCGAGAAGGGGAGGAAGGCUCGAGGGCGGGGUCAUCCGCUGAAGGUACUCCGGAUGCUGCUGCUGCCGUUGGCUACAACGAGGCUGGUGCCGCGAAGGAGAUCAAUCGACAGACGGGAACACAAGAAGACAAGGGUGCCCCUGCCGCUGCUGGUGGUGCUGACACCGCUACUUGUGCUUGGAUCCAAAGCCGAGACGAAGAAAGCGGCGAUGUUUUCUACUACAACGAGGUCACCGCGGAGUCUUCGUGGGACGAACCGGCGGAGUACACGAAAUUCCACGCCGCUGCCGCUACCGCCGCUGCCGCCCCCGCUGCUGCUACCCCCGCUGCCGCAGACAGCGGCAAUGACUCAGAACAAGAGUACUACCCGCAAUCGCCAGCGGAACCGGUGGUGAAGGUCGAGGACGAGGAGGGAAAGCUUUACCUUUCGCCGGCAGUGGCGGGUGCGUCCGCUGCCGGAGGAUACGACGGCACCCCCUCCCCUCACUCCCCCGAGGACGAAGAGGAGGAGGAGGAAGUUAGGUCCACCUCGCCACGGUCCCCAUCCCCGUCGCGAGCGGACGGGUCCUCCACCGCUGCAAGACGGACCCGCAGCAGCAGCAAGGACCAGAGGAGCCAAAGCAACCAAGCUUCCCCGUCACCGGAGCUGGGGCUGUCGUUCCCAGCGUUCGGCGACGACUACUCUCCCAACCACGACGCGGAAUGGCAGGUGAACGAGGAGGAGGAGCUGGAAGGGGGCAAAAAUUCGGCAUCACCGAACGAGAGCGAAGCUUCCGCGGUCGGCGGCCUGUCCCCCGUUGUCGAGAGCGCCGGGGGCUCUGCUGCCGGGGACGAUGGACAGAAGCAGGGGAUGAGGAAGGCGGGGCGGAAGGGGAAGGAGAACUCGGUGGAGGACGGGAAGCCGCAGUACUCGGAGGAAGAGAUGGCGAAGAUGGUGAAGAGCGCGGAGAGCAAGAUCGCGGAAUGCGAACGUAGGUUGGAGGAGAGGGACGCGAUCAUGGAAGUCGACUUCACCGCCAGAGUCACGGCCUACCAGAGCGCACGGGAACGGCUGGAGCACUUGAAGGGUGAAGCGCCCAAUAGGCAGGCGUUCCUCAAGGAAACCCGUAACGCCGGCGUGAAGAAGCUCGUCGCCGGGUACAAUGGUUACGCACAGCAGGCGUCGAUGGUGAACGACUGGAUACGCGUGGCGACAAAGGGGGACAUAGAUACAGAGAGCCUGAUGCUGCAGCAGCUCAAGAAGCUCAUCAAGACCAACUUUGACGCGAAAAAGGUGGACACGCUGCUCGACUCGAGCAUGCCCGCCUGGCUGACGGCCAUGCAGGACGACACCGGCUGGAGGCGCACCCUGAUAGAGCUGGCGAGGGAGCACAGGGCCUCCGCCCUCCUCCGCUUCGUGCUGAAGCAGCUCAGCGACAUGGGCUACCACAGGGAGAUCGCUUCGGUCAUCAGCGAGACCGACCUUUUUUCGGUGUUCAAUGGGGUGCUUAAGGAUGCCCUGGCUAGAAUACCCGCGGACGACGAGGUGCAAGCGACGGAAGCACUGGCGGACCUCAAGCGCAUGUGCUGCAGCACUUCUUACAUGUUCAUGUACUCUCAGCAACUCCUCAUCAACCUGGAGAGGGCGGCAGCGGAGGAGUCACGACCAGAGGCCGCCGCGGCGGAAACCGCCAAUGGAGUCAACGUGAGCGGCAGCGGUAGCCGCAAACGGGGCCGAGAAGAAACAUCCCCGUCGUCCACAACGACAGGGGUUUCCAGUCACAAGCAGGCCGACGGCAGUGACGGAGGGGGGACGGGACGGAACUCCGCGGCGAGAAAGUACAAGCGACUUCGUCAAGAGCUCGCCAAGCACAUGUACGCCGUGGGAGGGAGGGCAGACAACAAUUCCUCCUCACCCGACGGGGGUCGCGGCAUGGGCGCCUUUAGCCUGAGCCGCAGCAUCAGCGGCGGGGCAGGCAUUGGCGGCGGAGGCAGUAGUCGAAAUGGGUUCGGCAGAGGUGCCGGCGGCAGCGGCGGCGGGGCAGAUGAAGACGGCGCCGCCUUAGCGGGAACCCCAACCGGCGGUUUCCUGCGUGGCGUAGAGAUGGCCCUCUCUCUAGAACUUCCGCGACCCUCCGCUGGGGCGGCGGCGGCCGUGGCGGUGGCGGCUGAGAAAUCGGCGAGGGCGGCGUCGGAUGCGGUGGUUUCGCUUCUGGGGCAGGCCGGAGGUGGCGGCGCGCGGCGGGCGGGGGUGCUGUCGGAUGCAGUGGACGGGCUGGUGUCGGCGUUUGGGCUCAAGCCGGCGGUGAGGGUGGCCGUGAUCGGCGCAGCAGCGGCGGCGGUGGAAUUACAAGCCGCGGAGAGCGAGCAACGCCAGCGGCGACCGCCGGCGUAUUUGGUGCGGCAUCCCACGUUGAUGGACAUCCUCCUGGAAGCUCUCUUCCACCCUGCACAUCGAUGUCCUUCGGAGGACCUGAGGGCGGGGUGCUGUGCCAUUCUCGCUUACGCGAGUUGCGUAGAGGUGCCCCCGCUGGACACCAACAACGAUGGCAGCAGCAGCAACGGUGGUAGUCUUGGCGGGGAGGCGAUAGAGGUGAUAGACCUUGUGGAACUCGCGGAGACGUCGCACGCGCUCCUGCAGGGGCGGCUUCGACCGUUCGCCGAGCACCCGCUUGUCAGCCUCGGGGUCCUCAAGUGGGUCCACGCGCAGGCGUCCACGGAGUCGUUCGUGUCGACGCCCUCCUUCUUGUCGUACGCGCCCGUGUUCUUGAAGCUUUGCGGGCAGGCGGCGGACGAGCACCCCCCGCAGCGCCCGGAGGCCUUCGAGAUCUUGAAGCUGAUGCUGAACGCGCGCACGGCGCCCGACACGCCUCCCGCCGCGAAGGCGAAGCUGAAGCAGCACAUCUUGCUUCGCAUGGCCGAUCUCGUGGUCAAAGGAUACAUGCUCCCUGUUUUCGAGUACCUCCGCAAGCUGGCUGCGGGCCCAGGCCUAGACCCUGCUCUGAUCGGCUUCUUCAUGGUGAAGAUCAUCGGUGUGGCCAUCCCGAGACCGGUGGCAAGAGGGGUGAGACCAACAGCGGGGAACGCUAACAGCUACUCUCCGGCUUUCCUAAACGCGAUGGCGAGCCUCAUGGGGGUCCCGCGAGUUAGACAGGCGCUGAUAGCGCUGAGGCCGGUGGAUAGGGAGCGGUUUGCGGGCUACGCCCGGUACUGCCUCAAGUUCCAGCGCGAUGACCUGACCCCGGAGGCACUGGAGUGGAUGAAGCAGCUGCAAAUCGGCCUGGAGCGAGCGUAAAGCGAAAGGAAAAGAAGCCGCCAUGCUCGGUCUGGUGUUUCGACCUGCUUCGAUAGCUA